AUGAAUUUUACUCGAAAUGAUAAUAAAAUAAUUUUAAUUGAUGGCGGUCUUGGUACAACAUUGCACGAAUAUGGACUUGCCGUAUUUGAUGAUCCUUUAUGGUCUGGAAAAGCAUUAGUAAAAGAACAGGAACUACUUGCAAAAGUACAUCGAGAUUUUGUUCAAGCUAAAUGUGAUGUUAUUUUAACUGCUACAUAUCAAGUUACAGUUGAUAAUCUAAUGAAUUAUCAUCAUUUAUCUAAUGAACAAGCGGAAGAAAUUAUCUAUAAUUCAGUCAAAAUUGCUCGAAAUGUUAUUGAUGAAGAAAAAGCAAAAUGUUAUGUAGCAGCUUCAAUUGGUCCGUACGGAGCAGCAUUAAGUGAUGGUAGUGAAUUCAAUGGAUGGUAUACAGAUUCAAUGACAAUCGAACAAUUCAAAGAUUGGCAUCGACCUCGAUUGGCAGUAUUAGCUCGUGCUCAGCCUGAUUUCAUUGCUUUUGAAACAAUACCAUCAAAAAAAGAAGCUGAAGCACUUGUUGAAUUACUAAAAGAAUUUCCAAAUGUAAAAGGAUGGCUUUCGUUCAAUUGUCAGGAUACUAAAACGACAGCACAUGGUGAACCAAUUGAAGAAGCAGCUGCAUCUGUUUGUCUUAAAUCUCCUGAUCAAAUUAUAGCUGUUGGUGUAAAUUGUGUACAUCCAGAAACUGUUGUUCCUCUUAUCAAGCAAAUGAAUAAAAUGGAUCGUGAUUUUAUAGCUUAUCCUAAUGCUGGUGUUACAUGGGAUCCUGAAACAAUGACAUUCAAAAAUGAAGGUCGAUUGAUUGCACCAUUUAUACGUUCAUAUAUUGAUGCUGGUAUAAAAUACAUUGGAGGAUGUUGUAAUGUUAAUCCGAAUCAAAUUCGUACAAUAAGAGACAUUAUUGAUAGUUAUUCAUCUUACUUAUAA